AUAGGCUACAUGAAAGCAAUCAAUACUAGUGGUAUACUGCAUGUAAACACAAUAAUGUUUGUAUUUGGUUCUUAAGCAAUAGACAUGUUUUCAAAUAGUGCCAUAGAGUAUACAAAUUUAUUUAUAAACAAUAAACAAUAUACAGAUCUUUUGAGAUGGACUCAAGUCAUCAGUUCAGCGUCCCACUUCGAGCAGGAGGCAAAAAAAUUAGAAAGCGGCGGGAACUUGACGCUCUCAUUGCACAUUCCUUCGGAAAGAAAAGGUCCAUUCGACGAACUACUUUAAACAUUAAUUCACAGGAAAAAUUACUAUCUGCGUCCACUGAUGAUGCGGAAGAUUAUGCUUGGGUACAAAUGAACAGACCAAAAAAUACUCAUAGCAUCUGCACAAACCGUUGUCACAAUCGUAAAUAUAUGAUUUGCAAACCUUUGCUAGUGCUCAUUGCAAUUGCAGUAAUAAUAGGACUACUUUACUGGAUGUACUUGGAUCUACGGCAAGAGAUGUUUGUUUAUAGGAAAAAAAUUGAAGAAGUUGUCGUCAUGAAUAAGGACUUACCAGAUAUUCUUCAGAAAUGGCAUGAAGUAUCCACUUUACUGAGAAAAAAUCAAACUACAACCAAUAUCCGGUUGAAUGAAUUAGAACGUACAACAGAAAAAUUACGAAUGAAUUUGACCAAAUAUAAAAGUAAUCUAGAAAGUCAACAAAAUUUUGCCAAAGAAGAGAAAAUAGUAGCCGCGUUUGGAGCGAAAAUCGAAGCAGCAAUAACUGACAUGGAAAGUUUUAAGGAUUAUUAUUCUGGAGUAAUUAAUAAGCAAAUAGAAAUGAAAACGACCUUAAAUGACCUUAGGGCAAAAUUAAUAGAUGAACACGCAAGAAUUGUGAAUGUGAGCGAAUUAUCAACAAACUUUUCUAAAGAAAUGUCUGCUAUUAAACUGUACCUGCGGGAUGAUUCCACCCGAAUUCAAGAUUUAUGGGUUGAAUUAAGUCAAAAUCUCUCCCUUAAAUGGACUGCUCUUCAUGCAAACAUUCAACGCAAUGAGUUACAGAUUGCUGAACUUAUGAGACGUACGGAAAAUAUAACAUUGCGCAUCGCUUUGAUGGAAAACAAUUGGGAAAAGAACAAUAUUAAAAUUAAAGACUGUCAAGGCCUUAUUCACAACAUCGAAAGUAAUGUUACAGAUUUAAAAACCAACUCUGAGAUUUUGAAACAAUCCAUUAGCACCAUUUGCAACCAUUUUAUUCAAAAUAAUAAGUUACAGGAUGAUGGUGAGGAAUACAAACAAAAUACAACAGUGAUAAGAAUAAAAAACUAAUAUCCUAGUGUAGCACACUUCCAUUCAUAAAUAUUUACAUCAAUAAAGCGAUUAUUAAGUUACCGUCCCAAA